AUGCAGGCCAUCAAGCUGAGCAAGAAGUACCCCGAGUUCAAGCAGGAGGAGAUUUUCGACCUCAUCAACCGCUUCCACCAGAUCGACAUUGAUGGGACAGGCGGCGUUGAGAAGGCAGCGGUUAUUUCGGCACUGCAGCACAGCGGCGACGCCGACUACGACUCGGCCCGUGAAACGCUCAAGCGCGUCGACGUAGACUCGUCAGGCAAGGUUGCCGUCGAGGACUGGGUACAGCUUCACUCGCUACUGCGGGCAAGUAAGAACCAGCCUGUCAUCUCGUCCAACAAGGGCCGCAUUGCCGUCACGGGCACGGCUGGCACAGGUACCAAGCACACGAUCAACGAGGAUGAGCGCACGUCGUUUACCGACCACAUCAACGGCGUGCUGGCCGGCGAUCCAGACGUCGGGCACCGCCUCCCGAUCGCGACCCACACGAUGCAGCUGUUCGACGAGGUGCAGGACGGCCUGAUCCUCUGCAAGCUGAUCAACGACUCGGUGCCCGACACGAUCGACGAGCGUGUUCUCAACAAGCCCAAGAAGGGCAAGCAGCUGAACGCGUUCCAGAUGACUGAGAACAACAACAUCGUCAUCUCGUCGUCCAAGGGUAUCGGCUGCUCGGUUGUCAACAUUGGUCCCAGCGACAUCGAGGAGGGCCGCGAGCACCUCAUCCUCGGUCUGAUCUGGCAGAUUAUCCGCCGCGGUCUCCUCGCCAAGAUCGACAUCAAGCUCCACCCCGAGAUGUACCGCCUCCUUGAGGACGGCGAGACGAUGGAGGAGUUCCUCCGCCUUCCGCCCGACCAGAUCCUCCUCCGCUGGUUCAACUACCACCUCAAGGCUGCCAACUGGAACCGCCGCGUCGAGAACUUCAGCAGAGACGUGUCGGACGGCGAGAACUAUACAAUCCUGCUCAACCAGCUGCGCCCCGACGAGUGCACCACCGCACCCAUCCAGACUCGCGACCUGCACCAGCGCGCAGAGGAGGUGCUGCAGGGCGCGGACCGCAUCGGCUGCCGCCGCUUCCUCACGCCAAACGGUAUGGUGAGCGGGAACCCCAAGCUCAACCUUGCCUUUGUGGCCAACCUGUUCAACACUUGGCCUGGUCUCGACCCGCUCGACGAGAACGAGGCGCCACCCGAGAUUGAGGACUUUGACGCCGAGGGCGAGCGCGAGGCUCGUGUGUUCACGCUCUGGCUCAACUCGCUCGACGUCGAGCCGGGAGUUUACAACCUGUUCGAGAACCUCAAGGACGGUACAGUCCUUCUCCAGGCGUUCGACAAGGUGAUUCCCGGGUCGGUCAUCUGGCGGCGCGUCAGCAAGCCCAAGGAGGGCCAGGAGCUGUCGCGCUUCAAGGCAGUCGAGAACACGAACUACGCUGUCGACCUGGGCAAACAGAACGGCAUGCACCUCGUCGGCAUCCAGGGCUCGGACAUUGUUGACGGGACGCGCACUCUCGUCCUCGGUCUCGUGUGGCAGCUGAUGCGCAUCAGUAUCACGCAGACGCUCGCACAACUCAGCCGCGGCGGUCGUGCUGUCACCGACCAGGACAUGGUGCGCUGGGCCAACGACACUGUCAAGAAGGGCGGCAAGAGCAGCACGAUGCGCAGCUUCAAGGACCCGAGCCUCAGCAACGCCGUCUUCUUCCUUGACCUCCUCAACGGCGUCAAGCCUGGCAUUGUCGACUACUCGCUCGUGUCGAGCAGCAGCGCCGAAGAGGACAAGCGUCUCAACGCCAAGCUCGCCAUCUCGAUUGCACGUAAGCUCGGCGCACUCAUCUUCCUCGUGCCAGAGGACAUUGUCGAGGUGCGCCCACGCCUCAUCCUCACGUUUGUUGGUGCGCUGUGGGCCGCGUCGUCGGGCGCCUAA